AUGUCCCCCUUCCUCACCUCAGCCUUACUUCUAGUAAGCACCUUAACCUCCACAACCGCCCAAUCCCCCAGCAUACCACCCCCCAUUCAAACCCAAGCCUACGGCAACCUCACCGGCAUCAGCAACGUCUCCACCCCAGCCUGCCCCUCCCUCGGAGCAUGCCACAUCCUCGUCGCCCGCGGCUCCCUCGAACCCCCGGGCUACGGCAGCAUCGGCGCCAUCAAAGACCGGAUCCUCGCUCGCGUGCCGGGCUCCACAGCCGAAGCUGUUGAUUAUCCCGCUGUGAUCAAACCGAGCUAUGUCGACUCUGAGACGGAUGGUGUGGUGGCGAUGAAGGGGUUGAUCGGCGGGUUUAUCGCGAACUGUGAUGCGAAGAUCCCGCUUGUGUUGAUGGGGUUUUCGCAGGGUGCGCAGGUUGUUUCGGAUAGUCUUGUUGAACAGAGGGGUGUUAGGUUUCCGGAUAACAGCUCUGUUGACACUGUCCACCCGGGCAGCACGCUUGUCCGUGUAGCUGCCGCGGUCAUGAUGGGCGAUCCGUCGUCGAAUCUUAACGGCUCGACAUUCCAUGUCGGCAACGCUACGACGCACGGACUCUAUCCUCGGACGAACAAUGCCAACUUCUACGCCACUGGCCUCGCUGAGAGAGUAAAGAGUUAUUGUGAUGCACGGGAUCCUUUCUGUGCGUCUGGCAAGGAAUUGGGGGUCCAUUUGGGAACGAUUGCGAGGUAUGAGACGCAGGCGGUGGAGUUUGUUGUGGGGAUGGUGAAGGGGUUUAAUCGGCGGAGUGGGAAUGUUAAUGGCAGUAAUGGGGGUGGGAAUUCCUCUACGGCGACGCCAGAGCCAUACACGGGGUUGGGAAGGCGGAGGUGGGAGGUGAUGCUGCUCUAG